AUGCCGUCUUGGUCCACCGUCACAACCUCUAAUGCAGCGUACGCCCCCUCUUACUUGCCCGUGUUCGUCGUGUUUGGCGGAACUAGUGGCAUAGGAGAGGCCAUGGUCAAGGCCGUAGCACGAUAUACCAAAGGGCGGGCACACAUUGUUGUCAUCGGGCGAAACGAGGCCGCCGCCAACGCUAUAAUUGCAGCUCUUCCGAAGCCUUCUGAACAGGCAGUGGCAGAAGGCGCGCGCUACGAAUUCCUGGCCUGUGAUGUCAACCUCAUGAAGAACAUUGACAAGCUUGCCGAACAACUCAAGUCUAAACUAUCGAAAAUCAACUUUCUUACCCUGUCGGCAGGGGUAUUCUCGCUGGAUGGAUGGGACGGGACUGAAGAGGGUAUCGAUUCUAAACUUGCGAGUCGGUUUUACUCUCGGUUCAAAGCCAUCCAUAGUCUUCUACCACUUCUGAGGAAGGCGAAGGAGGCUGGGGAGGAUGUCAGUGCCAUGUCGAUUCUGGGAGCUGGGCAGGGUGCUCCUAUUGAUUUCGACAACUUGGGACUCAGGAAAAACUACACUGGGCUUGCUGGAAUGAUGCAGGGGAUUUCUUAUAACGACUUGAUGGUGGAGGCUUUUGCGAAGCAAGAGCCAGAUAUCGGUUUUACCCACAUUUAUCCCGGGUUUGUCAAUACAGGGGCCUUCAAGUUUAGCAGCUGGUAUGGCAAGUUGGCCCUUUUCCUCCUCCGGCCUGUUAUUUGGCUCGUUGCAAUGAAGCCGGACACUUGUGCAGAGUAUAUGAUGUAUGCUCUGCUCAAUAACAAGAAAGGGAUGCAUAGGCAAAACCAGUCCGCGGAUGAUAUAGGAACGUACAAAUUCCCAGAGGCUACUGAGGAGCAGAAGGAGAAGUUUUGGAAACAUUCAGUGGAGACUACGACUGUUUCAUGA